UGUUUCUUUCCUGCGCUGCAGGGUUGGUCCAUCUCUACCCGACUCACUUUUUCACUGCUGCUGCAUAGCUAGCGGCUACAGUACACGCCAUGCCAUGUCAUGUCAUGUCAUGUCAUGCGUCACGACGGAAAUGACGAUGAGGACGACGAUGGGGACGACGGAAGGGUCUGCGAGGGUCUGCGUUGCGGGUUGGGGGUUGGGGUUGGUGUGUACCGAGGUCAACCUGUCAGGCUAGGCAGGCUGGAUAGGCAAGACUCUAUUCUUAUGCUUAUGCUUGCGCUUGCGCUUGUGCUUGCGCCUGUUGUUCGGCUCUAUUCGACUCUAUACGCGAGGACUGGACUGGAGUGGAGUGGAGUGGAGCGGUAUGGAGCGGUGCGGAGAGGAAAGGAAAGGAGGUAGGGAUAGGAACAGGGAUUGGAGUGGGAACAGGAAUUUGGAUUAAGGAUAGGAUGGACUGGGAAAGGAUUACGACAGAAGACCAAGAUCAA